AUGGCUCCUAGCGAUUAUGAUAUCGCAGUGACAAAAGAUUUCAUUAGACAUGUGCGAAAGCACGAACAAUAUUUGGCGGAUACCGUAAAAUACGCUAAAGCGAGAUGGAGUUAUCUCACUCGCCAAUACAAAAAGGGUCUUCGAAAUCCAAGAGAAAAAUCAAUUUACCAUGAUGAGCUUGAUUUUUUGAAUCCGUUUGUACAACAAAUUGAUGAUGUUGAAGAUGAUGAAAUGGAGUUAUCAACUAAUCAAGAACCUGAGGAAGAUGAAAGCCGACCUAAGAUGAGAGAAAACUUCUAUCAGAGACCAAUAUCAUCGUUAUCAGGGAAGAAUAGCUCAAGAAUAGCUCGUUUCUCCAAUGAAAAUCGUCCGUCAACGUCCUUAAGUCGUCACUCGCCCUUUAGCGAGAUUAAAAACUCUCGCAUGUCCGUUUUUGAGUCCAGCGAACCAAUGCAGAUCGAUGAUACUGAAGACGAGUUGAUGCCUCUUUUUUUAUCUUGGUAUCGGACAACUAAAAAAUUGCCGCCGCUAUGGCGAAGAUUUGUGAAGCGUAAAAUUUCUGACUUUAUCGAUGAUACUGAAACAAAGUUUGCAAAUCAAAUGAAUGAAUAA